UCAAUCUAGAGCGAUCAUGUCAGGCAGAGGCAAAGGCGGUAAAGGGCUCGGUAAAGGCGGCGCUAAGCGUCAUCGCAAGGUCCUCCGAGACAACAUUCAGGGCAUAACUAAGCCCGCCAUCCGUCGUCUGGCCCGCCGUGGCGGUGUCAAGCGUAUCUCCGGUCUCAUCUACGAAGAGACCCGUGGUGUGCUCAAAGUGUUUCUGGAGAACGUCAUCCGCGAUGCCGUCACCUACACUGAGCACGCCAAAAGGAAGACCGUCACUGCCAUGGACGUUGUGUAUGCCCUGAAGAGACAGGGACGCACACUCUACGGCUUCGGCGGAUAAACUCCUAUCCGGCACUCCAACCAAAGGUCCUUUUAAGGGCCGCACACUUUCACUCUUAGAGUUUAAUUUCCUGCAUUGUUCGUUAGGCGUGUAGAUUUGCUGCCUUUGUUGGACUG